AAAGGCUUUAUUAAAGGUUUAUUUAAAAAGUAUUUCUAGAUGGGCUCAGGUUAAAGUAAAACUAAGAAGAAAGCUGCCUAACUAAAAUAACCAAAAACUCAAAGUAAUCAUAGAAUUCUAAACAUUUUUUAGAUGAAGAAUUAAAAAGGUAACCCCAAUAUGAGGAUGAUGUUAUUGAUGCUGCAAAUUUGGCAAUAGCUAUAUAAAAAGAAGAUCUUACUUAAAAUAUAGAAUUAUUUGUUCAUUGUGAAGGUUUGCCUAAAAUGGAUGCAUUCUCUUUAACAGAUCCAGUUGUUGUUGCAUAUUAUGAAAAGGAGUAUGUAAUCAUCUUUAUGAUUUAUAGUAAUAAAUGGACUUACAUAGACAGGACAGAGAUAAUUCCUGAAUGUCUCAAUCCAAAAUUUGUUAAGACAUUCAUAGUUAAUUAUAUUUUCGAAAAAUAACAAAAGUUAAGAUUUGAAAUUUAUGAUAUUGAUGAUUUUGAUGCCAUAGAUAAUUUAGAAAGAUAAGAAUUUAUUGGUUUUGUUGAAUGUGAAAUUAGAGAUAUUGUUUGUGCUCCAACUUAUUCAAUUCAAAGAACUAUCAUUAAUAGAAAGUCAAAUAGAAAAAGAAAUGGAAUGUUGCAUAUCAGAGGAGCAGAAUACGAUAUGGGUGGAAAUACAAUUCUAUUUUAAAUUGGAUGUUAGUAAUUUACAACAAAAGCUGAAGUUUUGUUAAGGAUGUCCUAUUACACUGACAAUAAAGAUUGGAUGCCCAUACAUGCAACAGAGCCAAUAAAAUAUUAAAAAAAAUAAACUGUAUAAUUCAACGAUUUUUAUUUGCCACUGAGUAAAUUUGGAAAUAAUGAAUAAGCCUAAAUUAAAUUGGAAAUCGAAGAAUAUAAUAAAACUAAAGGAACUACUUAAUUAGGAGAAUGUGAAACAACUUUAUAAUAACUAAUGGAAAACUCUGGUAAAACUUUGAGAAUGACAAAAAAUGGUUUAAUAGUAGGAUAAUUAAAACUAAUACAAGUGAAGUUACAUUUUAGAUUCAGUUUUUUGAAUUAUAUUUAUUCAGGUGCAAAGAUCUAAGUUAUUGUUGCAUUAGAUUUCACAAAUUCAAAUCAUUUGUCAAGUGAAGAAGGAGGACCAGCAGAAUUGCAAACAUCGAGCGAUUAUAUAGGUGCAUUGAAACAGAUAUUAGGAAUUCUAUAAUAUUAUAAUAAUGAAAAUAGAUAUCCAGUAUAUGGUUUUGGAGCUAAAUUACCUCCAUAUUAUAACGUAGUGAGUCAUUGUUUUGCAUGCACAGGCAACAUAUUUGAUCCAUAUGUAUAUGGAGAGGUUGAUGAGAUUAUCAAUUUAUAUAAAGAAAUCUUGUAAGGUGUUGUAUUGCAUGGGCCAACAGUAUUUUCUUAAAUUAUUUCUUAAGCAAUAGAAUUUGCAGCUAAUGAAAAAGUAGAUUAAAAUAAGUAAUUAAACUAACUUAUAUUUUAGCUAAAAAUAUUUCAUUCUUUUAAUUUUAACAGAUGGAUCUAUUAAUGAUAUGCAAUCAACAAUUGAAUAAAUCUAUAGAGCUUAAGAAUAUCCAUUAUCAAUCAUUAUUGUAGGGAUUGGCAAAGAGGAUUUUUAAAAUAUGAGAAUUUUAGAUGGAGAUGAUUAAUUACAUUUAGUAAGAAGUGUAUUCUUAUUUAGUUACAUUCAAAAAUACACAAUGAUAAUGUUAAAAGAGAUUUGGUACAAUUUGUUGAAUUUAAUUCUGUUAGAGAUAAUUAAGAUAAAUUAGCUAAAGAAACUUUAGCAGAAAUUCCUAGAUAAUUUUUGGAAUAUAUGGAAAAAAAUAAAAUAUAUCCAGCCAAAGGAAAAAAAUAUACAAAAUCAGCUACAAAUGAUUUUAUUCAUGGUAAAAUUGAUGAAAUGAAAAAAUUAAAAAAAAAAGAAGUUGUUAUAAGCGGUAAAAUUCCUUAAUUUUUGAUUCAAUAAAAAGAAGAAUUCAUUAAAUAAUUAGUUCAGCUGGGGUAUGAUAGAUAAGCAGUUACAAAUGUAAUUAAUAAUGAUGGAGUACCUUGCAAAGAUGUUAAUCUAGUGAUAGAAAUUUUAAGUUAAAAAUAAAAAUAAAUGUAAAUUUUACAUACAAGAGAUGGACAUUUUUUGAGUAACAGAAGUGAGAUGGCCCAAAAAUUAUUGGCUAAUGUUUCAUCUUCAAAUUCAAAAAUUACACAUAGAGUUUUUUGCAUCAGAUAAAGAAAUAAAUUAGAUGAACUUAUGCAAUUAAAAAAGUAAGAAUCUAAAAUUACAGCAACUAAUUUUCUAUUCAAAUUAACAGAAUAAUCAAAACCAAAAUUAAAACCUAUAGUAGAAUAGAAAAAACUUCUAAUAGAGUCAUAAAAUAAUUAUGAAACUACUAAAAUAGGAUAAUCAAAAGAAAAUUUAUGUCUGAAUUGUGAAUAGAAUAAAAUUGAACUUGUUUUUAUUCCUUGUGGACAUGCUUGCUCAUGUUUAUAAUGUUAUAGAAAUUUAUAAUACUGCAUUAGUUGUAAAUAAAAAGUUUAAAUGUUUGCAUAAAUAGACUAUAAAUCAUGA